CGCGCGAUCGCUCGAUCAUUGACGAUCGAUCGUCAACGCUGGCCGGACCGUCGUGCGAUCAGUCAGAUCAGUGCGCACCGCGCCGCGCGAUCGUACGUUUCGUUUCGUCGCAUCGCGUAGCGCUCGUUGUUAGACGAGUGCACGUGCGGCGCGCUUAGUGGAGUACAAGUGCGAGAUAUAAAUUCCUUGCUCAUAACGGAUUCGCACUUCUUAGAGGAGGUCGCAGCGAAAAGACGGUGAACGGUGCGCGGAAGCUUCGACGGGAAAUCAAACGGAACGAAGUACCGCGAUCGUCGCGAUCGUCAUCAUCCUUUCCGCAAAGUGACGAGUUUUGCGCGACGUGACGUGACUGACAAGUUAAGAAGUAACGGCAUGGCAAUAACUCGCUGUCGCACAGCUGUUUUGUGCAAAACAUUGAAGAAAAAAAUAUGAAUAUAUAAAUAAAAACAUUGAACAACAACGUGUGAAGUGUUGUUUCUAUGAGACUAGAGUGAAUCGCAACUGAUCGAGCCCUUAAAAAAGGGACGAGAUGAGCCCUUCACCCACUGCCAAUCGGAGUUUCUUGCACGGAAACGGCAAGGCUGCUCUAAUUUCUAACAAGGUCGUUUACGCCACUCUCGAUAGCUUAGCUCUGAAACGAACGAGAUUGCCCUUGCAAUUGCUUCCUGUGGAGAGCGACAAUGUUGUAGAUAAGUCGGACAAGAAAGAAAAAAAAAUCGUCAAUGGAAAAACUUCAGUUAAGCGACCAUCUUAUAAGGUGAAAUCCGGAGCUAGUCAUCAAUGGAAAAGUUACUCCAAGUGCCUGCAGGCCUUCUCUUCUACGAAAACGGAGAACCAGUCAACGACUCGUGCCACCGGAAUACUAGAUUCCGGAACCGAAUGCAAUAUUGAGAAUACUCCCGGAAAGGAAAUUCAGACAUCAAUAAAUACGGCAAGUGUAGAAAAUACUGUAGAAAGUCAAUUUUCUACAAGGCCAUCUACGAAAGAAGAAUCUCACAUUAAGAACUUUCAAAGCGACAAUGGCGAUUCAAUACAUACACAAACGGAGACGAAUUCUCGCGAUGAUUCUAAUCUUACUGAAAAUCAAUGUGAGAAAGAAAAAUGCUCAGUCGAAAGAAGAGGCUCUGAUGCAUCCAGCGACUACGAAAAAAUUAGUAUAACAGACUACAAGGCGUCCACGCACGAUCUUGAAGUCUCAGAAAAGACAGUUUCCGAAUCAAUUGCACAUAUUUAUAAGAUCGAGAAAAAUUCUCCAAUACCUUCGAAGACAGUCACAAAAUCACAAUCCAUAAACGAUCUAGCAACAAAAGAGGCCACGUAUGAGAACUCUUUCGUAGAAUACUCGAAGCAAGACGCGGAAUCAAUCACGAGUGACGAGAAUGACGACAUGUCGUCAUGGCACAAGAAGAAAAAGAAGAGACGCUUCACUAGAAACAUGCUGCACUACGUACCGAGGCACCUAGUGAAACAGCCGAAGAAAAAGAAAAAGCUGAAAAAGAAACACGCUCUGAGCAGUUCACUGGGUUCCUUGAGAUCGUUGCAAACGGCACCUUUCUCGAACAUUUCGGAUUCAUACGCCAAGACUAGAAGCCUGUCGAGAGACGAGUUGAGGAGCAUGAUCAUCUCAUCGCCUACGAACUUUGUUCACGUGGCAUCUGCUACGAAUCCCAGUCUGGUUCAGAAUUCUCUUGGAUUGGAUCUGGAGCAGAUCGUAAUUACUCAUCAGCAGAUAUGCGCUACGUUGCCUCUACUUGUUAGAAAGAACGAGCAAUGCAAGAAUAGAAACAUCGAGCAGCUCAAGGUCGCCGCAAGAAUGUCUCCUGCGGGCGAUAUAAUUUCCAGGCAAACCGGGCAAAGUCAAUCAGCCGUUGAUAACAUCGCGGAUAAGAGUGAUCGAACGAAAUAUGCGGAGAUACAGAGUGACUUCUCGAGGGACUUACAGGCGGCGAAAGUUUUGGAGUCCAGCCAGAUGGUGAAAAUCGCUAGGAAUCAGGCCGAUUCACCGGAAGAAACGUACGAGCCGGUCUGCGAAUCUUCCCCUGCGGCAAUGCCACAGGCCAACUGUAGCUUUCUAUGGAGCAAUCACGGGACAAAAACGACUUUUCCAAAUGACAAACCUGUCGCGAUCGCUACAUGCCAUGUCCCAAAUGAAAACGGUGAGAACACCGAUAGCGAGGAAUACGAUGACAUCGGACCGUCGAACUUCGUCACUCAAAUGGAAUCCGACUACGACGACGUGGGUCCACCAACCACUUAUCUCGACGUUGAAGCGCCCGAUGCUAAUAAGGACUGCGAGGAGAUUUACGACGAUGUGAUGCCGCUUAACUUACAGCAAAAUAAUUUGAAAACCAUCGACGAGAGCGAUUAUCUGAUACCGGAAACCAACGACGAAACAUCGUUCAAAGAGCUGUCCGUGGAAUUGCGAGCAACGUCCGAGAGUCACGCGGUGGAAAUGUCGCGUUUCGCUCCAACAGCGAACGAUGAUCGGUAUUUCUCAACGACAAACAAUGAAUAUUCCAGCGUGGACUGCGAAAGUCAUCUGAAUGAGGAGGAACGGGACGAGUUGGAUGUAUAUGACGAUGUCGGUCUGCCCGGUGAGGAACGUGUCAAUAGCCUUUAUGCCGGCUCCACACCCGGCUCUGUCUUAGGAUCGAUCUCGGUGAACGGCAAGGAAUCUGAGUGGGAGGACCUGGAAGAAGCCUCGUGCGCCUCACACUGCCCUUGUCAGACCAAUGAUCCGCGCGGAAAAGGAACUGAAGGACAAAUCACAUCGGGCAAGAAGAAGCUUGCUCAACGAUGGUCGCGGAAUGUUAGGAAACAACGAUCCAGGAGAUCUCGCAGAAGCAUCAAGACGACACGGAUGACCCACGAUACCACGCUUGACGAUAACAUUUCCGAUGAUAGUACAUACGAGAGUCUGUAUUCCUGCCAACCGAAUGACCUCAGCAGCGAUUCAGAGACGGAAACGGACAUUACGCGACAGUCCCGCAGUGAUCGCGUGAUCGAUGCUUAUUUGGAAUGUCCUACAAGACCGACUCUACCGCCGCCAAGGGAGAUCAGUUUAACUCAGACCUUGGGCAAGCGAAUAAAGAUGCUACGCAGAACCUGGAGCAUCACCAAAGGCAGUCUCGGCAGGAUCAGGCGGCGGACAUCCGUCGACGAGUCUGGCUUUGACGACAAGGAGCAAUCCGUCAACGAGCCUCACGCCGAUGUUGGAAAGUAUUUCAAUUUCCGGUUAAAGCACUUCAGCCGAAAGAGUAUCGUUGGCCCGCCAACUUUCUACCUCGAUGAGAACAACGGAAAUGAUGGCAUUCGCGAUAAUAACAACGGCAUCGUCAAGGAGGCGAUUUAUACCAAUAGUCAAUAUAUGGGAAGCGGCAGCGACGACUCUUCAAGAACUCCGACAGACACCGAUGUCGAUCAUUACAGUGUGCUCGCCGAUCAAGAGCCUCUCUACCAGUUCUAUGCGGCUGCGGUGGCUCGUGUUGCUUUCGAAUCGGAUUCCGAAGGCUACGAAGAGGUAGAAGAUAUGAUGAGGAAGAUGGAACCAGCCACAGCGAAUCUUACCAGAGCAGGGCAAAGAAUGCUUUGGUGUCAUACUCCACAAGUGAUACACAGUGGCCUCUUACAGAAGUUAACACCGGAAGAGAAGAAGAUUCAAGAAGCGAAGUUUGAGAUCUUGACUUCCGAAGCGUCGUACUUAAAUUCUCUUCGGGUCCUAGAGAAUGAGUUCCUCAAUAAUCACAUACUAAUAAAUGAGAUUCUAACGCCGAUCGAAAGAAAGAAAUUGUUCGGUGGGGUGCCAAGCGUAUUGUCGGCAUCGCAAACGUUCCUAGCUGAAUUAGAAGCUGUGUGGAGAGAAGAUCCGAUGUUGCCGGGUUUAUCGGAAGUCUUACUGAAACACGCCGAAAAAUGUCAGGCCACAUACGUAGCGUAUUGCUCGAAUCAAGUCAGCAUAGAUACAGCCCUGAAAGAACUCAAAGCUCGAAGAGGCGUAAAGUUCUUGGAGACUGUCAAACGUAUAGAAAUGCAACCGGCAUGCCAAAAUCUAUCUCUACAUUCCUUUCUAAUGCUACCAAUGCAGCGUGUUACAAGACUACCCUUAUUAGCUGACGCCAUUCUUUCCAAAUUAUCGAUGGGAAAUUCAGACAGAAUAUUUUGGGAAAAGGUCUUAUCGACUUUGAGCAACGUCGUUGCUGAAUGCAACGAAGGUGCGCGAGCUGCUGCACAGGAAGCCGAAAUGGAAGCUUUGGCAAGGAAACUGGAGUAUAGUUCGAAAAUUAAGCCAAUCAUGUUGAGAGGCAAGCAGUUAGUUCGAAGUGGAUCGGUCGUGCAACUGUCGAUGAAAACGGACACUGAAUAUAAACUCACAUUCGGAAAGAAAUUUACCAAGACACCACUCUACCUUCUAUUACUCACUGAUUAUCUUCUAGUCACGAAAUUGAAAUCUAAUGCUCAUGACGAAUGCUACACCGUCAUAGACGCGUGCAAACGGAAUCUUCUGGCUUUAGAGUCGGCUUCCGAAGAAUCGCCAUUCGCUGGACGGAAUGCUAUGAUACUGACUUUUCUGGAGAACCAUUGCGGUCGCCACGUAGAAUACAUCUUAACAUGUGAAAAUAACACAGAACGAGAACGAUGGCUGGAGGCUGUCUCACCACCCAAACGUGGUUUAGUUGGGGAAACGUUAUAUGAAUCUUGGGACUGCCCGCAAGUGAUGGCCAAAUAUCCAUAUUUGCCAAAUCAACCUGACGAGCUGUCGUUACAAUCAGGAGACGUAAUAAACGUAUUGAGAAAAAUGGCAGAUGGCUGGUAUCACGGUGAAAAAUUAUUAGACGGCGAACAAGGAUGGUUUCCGGCAAAUCAUACGAAGGAGGUUGCAUCGGAACACGUGCGCGCACGAAAUUUGAAGCAACGACAUCGUCUUUUAGCACUCAGCAACAGUGUAAUACAGCAAAGAAGAGCGAGACAAAAUCAGGGGAUUCAUUGACGAAAUUAAAAUGUGAUCUGAGCUCGAAUCACUCAGAUAUUGUGAUCAUUAAUAAAUUAUUUGUUAUACAUACACGAUUUCUACGAUAUUUCAGUAUUGAAUAUUUCAUUUAACUUAUGUGCCAAUGUAACAUCAAUCGUCAAAGUGAAAAACGAUUUUUAAAAUCUUUUAUUAUAGUAGACUGAAGCUACAGAAAGCUGACACGAGAGAUAAUGAUAUAUUUUAUAUUUUACAUGUAUAUUGUAUAUAAAGACGUGGA